CAAUCGAUCGCUUUUAUUUCCUCGCUGUAUUUCCAUAUCUCUUCGUUCGUCUCCUUCCUUCGCUCCUCUCUCCCCCCUCGUCGCUUCUGUUCUUGAAUUUCUCGCCGGAACACGGCCGGCGGAAGCUCGCCGGAGAACCGUAACGGCUGCUCGCUCGCUUUCCCGUGUUCUCGUGCUGAAUUCCGGGGUUGGAGUCUGAAUAAUUCCGAGCUCCUGCGUUGUGAUCGCGCUCGUGAGUCGUGUCUGUGAACAGGCAGAGCAGCAGGCAAACAGAGCCUCUGAUGGUCACGGCCCGACCAGGGACGUGGUGGUAGCGCUAGCGCAUAGCCUGAAAGCCCACGAUGGAGAUCACGGAGGCGUCACCGUCGCCGGCCCCGGCCGCACAGCCGGCGCCAGCGCCGGCACCGGAGACGGCGACGACGAUGACGACGCUGGCGAGCUCUCAGCCUGCGCCGGCAGCUCCGGAGGCUGCGCUGUCCGUGGCGGCGGUAGCGGGGAGGGGAGACGGGAAGAGGAAGCGGGGGAGGCCGCGGAAGUACGGGCCCGACGGGACCCCGCUGCGGCCGCUGAAUGCGACGCCGAUCUCUGCGUCGGCGCCGGACGACGCGGGAGUGGGCCAGUACACGCCCGCGGCGGCCGUCGGGGCCGUCAUGAAGAGGGGCAGGGGACGCCCGGUCGGGUUCAUCAGCCGCGUCACGCCGAUAUCGGUGGCCGUGACGGCCGCCGCGCCCACCCCGGCGGUGGUCGUGUCCGCGCCUCCGCCAGCGCCAGCGCCGGCGCCGCACUCCCAGCUCGCGCCGCUCGGUGAAUUGGUAGCUUGUGCUUCUGGUGCCAACUUUACACCUCAUAUUAUUAAUGUUGCUGCUGGUGAGGAUGUCAAUAUGAAGGUCAUAUCUUUCUCCCAACAAGGUCCAAGGGCAAUUUGCAUUCUAUCGGCCAAUGGUGUUAUUGCAAAUGUUACACUGCGUCAACAAGACUCAUUAGGUGGUACAGUUACUUAUGAGGGCCGGUUCGAGCUUCUCUCCUUGUCUGGAUCUUUCACUCCCACCGAUAGCGGUGGCACCAGAAGCCGCUCAGGUGGGAUGAGCGUCUCCUUAGCAGCCGCCGACGGCCGUGUCAUCGGAGGCGGAGUCGCCGGCCUCCUCGUGGCUGCUAGCCCUGUCCAGGUCGUGGUGGGAAGCUUCCUACCGAGUUACCAGAUGGACCAGAACGCCAACAAGAAGCCGGUCAUAGAGAUCAAGACAGUGCCGCCACCGCCGCCGGCGACCGUCGGGUUCACCAUCUCGAGCGGGGACAUGGACGACGCGUACAGCGGCAGCCAUCAGCCACGGUCAGUGGGAGCGAAAGGGAGCUCGACGAUGGCAUUGUUCAAGGUGGAGAACUGGACGGCGCCCGCGCCCGAUCAGGCGAAGAAGACACCGCCGCCGCCGCCGACGUCCGAGGCCAAAGUCCCCGUUCCCGGAGGGUGAGACGACUGUGGCUGAGGCUAGGAUCCUCCACAUUAGCCGGCUUGUAGGCUGGUGACCAUCAGGCCCUGCAGCUUGUAGGGAACUCAGUAAUCUAUGAUCCUUAUAAUGAUGCCAUUUUAGUACAAAAGUGGUAAGUAUGAUUUAAUUAGGUGUCGACAUUUUUCCGGUUUAUACAUGUAUGGAGCUUCAUUAUCCAUGGUUUAAUAUCAGUGUAUCCUUGUUAGUAUUAUAAUUAAGUAGUAGUAGCAACUUUUGUGUGUUCAUCUGAAACAAAUAUACAUAGCAUGAAGUAUCGAUGUCUCCUAUGGAUGACCUCUUACAAGAA